AAUUCCACUUUGUUUAAUAUAUCAACAGCCAUAAAUUAAUGUGGUGCAUAUUUUGUCGUUUAUAUACAUUUGUUACAAUGCUUGAGACGGAGUCUUUGAGAAAGAAUCUCGUUAGAUUUGUUACAAAUUUGAUAGUUCGAUAUAUGUUGGCGGGCGUUGUAGUGUAUUGUUGUUGGACAGCAAUUAUGUAUUACGUUCAUUAUUGGUUUUUAUGGCACGUUAUCCUGUGUACAUUUGGGAUGAUUCCUUUAAUGACCGAAGCACUUAUGCUUUUCGCUCCUGAUGAACUGUGGACAAAACAACUGACCAGAACCCAAAAAUAUUGGAUCCAUGGUUUCUUAAUGAUUUUAGGAACUGUGUUAGUCAGUGCCGGGUGUAUUGAUAAUUUUUAUAAUAUCUUGAAGGGUUAUCAUUUAUACACAGCACACGGAAUUGUAGGAUUGAUAGCAAUGAUUCUGUUUAUUUUAUCAAUUGUUGUGGGAUGUUUAGCAAAUUAUUCACAACGACUGACGAAAUUUGGAAGGCCAGUUACGUUUAAAUUUAUUCAUAACUUUCUUGGACUGUUAGGUUUUGUAAUUGGUAUAGCGAGUUUGUGUUGUGGAUAUUAUACAAACUGGUUCGUAAAUCGUACAUCUGAGGAAUCAAGAAUUGUUGCCGUAGUUGUAACAAUUUUGGCAAGUUUAUGGAUACUGAAUGGAUCUUUGGUUUCUCUUUAUAAUCAAAUUAAAACUAGGACUUAGGACUCAGGGUGUCGUUUAUUUUUAAGACUGAAAAAUCGACUGAUUUUUUAUUAGUUAAGAUGAUGAAUGUCUCCCUAUCUGUAUAGAUGCCAUCGACAAUCUUUAGAAUUGAUCUGAAUUUGAACAAUUAAGAUUGCAAUGAGUAUGGCUUCCAGAUAUGUAUGCAUGUAUGUAUAGUCUUUCAAAAACAAUGUUGUUUAUGUACAUUUUUGUGAAUGUAACUUAUGCAAAUUUCUUAACUAAUAAAAUACUCUAUUAUGUAUUAAACAAUAUCAGUAUUGCUUAAAAAAAACACUUUUUGUAAAAUUGUGUUCAAGAUAAUAGCCACCAUUCAUUAUAAUUUAUAAACAAUAUUUAAACCAACGAACAAAUAACAAAUUUUGCAAAUUAAUAAAAGUAGGACUAUAUUCUACAAAGUGCCACGUUUCGGACGAUAAAAAUUUCAUAAGGUUUUUCAACAGUCCAUAAUCUUUCAGUCAGGCACUAUUUUCUAACCUGAACGUACGAUGUGAAAAGGGUACGAUUUUGUGUUCAUGUAUUAGCAAUUUUAACCAUAUUAAAACUUAAUUUGCGUUAAAUAACACUUGCCGAAUAUGCUGAAUUUAAAAUUAAAACAGUUUUGUUGUUUUCUAGAACAAAUCAAUAAAAAUAUGUAGGUACUAUGUAUUAGCUUUUAUUAAAUGAAGUGUCAAUAUGCAAGGUGUUUUACACACCUAUUUAUUAUGUCAUGCUACCGUGGGGUUACUUUUAUAUUUUGUAAUGUCUAAAGCCGGAAAAUUUAAUUUAAACUCAAAUUAAUUUUCCCGAAUUUAUUCAACAAUUUGAACCACACGAAUGUUAUAUUUUUACCACCUCCACACACUACACCGAGUAAUACUUUAAACCAAGUUUUAUUUACACUUUCCACUUUCCUUGGACUUACUACACCUUGUUCUCAACACUUACCUUUCAAAUUUCUACGUCCUGUGUAGUCCAAACUUGCUCCAGUUGUGUGGGUCUACUUUGGUAUACUGUGGGAGUGCUUAGUUUGUGUUAUGUACAUUAUAUAGACUGGUUUGUGUUCUACACAUCUAAAGAAUCUCGACUAUUGCAUUUGUUGCAACAAUUCUGGGAACGUUGGGGACCAUUAACGGCUCACUAACGUCGGGUUAUAAUCAAAUUAGAACGCCAUGGAAACAUUAAAUUGCUAUA